AAAAGUGCGUUUAAGAUAAUGGAAAAGGACUUUUAGUGUCCCAUGUUACAAGUUCUGUCACAAAAUCAAAGACCCACAUACCAAAACCGAUGGCUUCUUCUUCCUCAACACUCUUUGCAGCCAUUGACAUGGGCACAAACUCAUUCAAAAUGAUCAUAAUCCGAGCCUACCCAGAUGGCAAGUUCCUCACCAUUGAUCGUCUCAGAGAGCCUGUGGUUCUUGGCCGUGACACAUCAUCAUCUACAACCCCUUUUACACUCUCAGCUCAAUCUCAGCUCAUUGCUAUUGAGGCCCUGAAGAAGUUUCAGAACACAUUGAUCUCCUACAAAAUCAGCAAAGCUCAAAUCCGCUGUGUUGCAACAGCAGCUGUGCGUGAGGCUGUGAAUAAAGGUGAGUUCUUGAAAUGUGUUAGUGAGAAGAUAGGUUUUGAGGUUGAUGUGUUGCCUGGUGAAGAAGAAGCUAGGCUUGUGUAUCUGGGUAUGCUUCAGUUUUGGCCUAUAUAUGAGAAAUUGGUUCUGGGUGUUGAUAUCGGAGGUGGGUCUACUGAGUUUGUGAUUGGGAAGCAGGGGAAAGUUGUUUUUGGGGCUUCAUUGAAGUUGGGGCAUGUGAAUUUGACCCAGAAAUUUGGAAGCAAUAAAGAAAAGGUUGCUCAGAUUAGGGAGCAUAUUGGGUUGGUUGUUAAAGAAUCUGGGUUGGUUAGGAAGAUUAAAGAUUGUGGCUUUGAAGUUGUUGUUGGGUCCUCUGGUACUAUUAAGGCAGUUGAGAAGGCAGUGUUUGAUGGGUAUGUGAAUAAGAGCAAUGUGAUUGAGGUUAGCAAUGUGGCUUCUUUUGGGGAUGGUAGGAAAGAUUGGAGGUUGAGUAGAGGAGAAGUGAAGGGUGUUGUUGAGAGUUUGUGCGGUGGAGGAGAGGGAGAGAAGAUUAGGAGAGAAAAGUUCUUCGAAAGGCGGUCUGAGUUUAUUGUUGCUGGGGCUGUGUUGUUGGAGGAGAUAUUUGAGGUGCUUGGAAUUGAGGAAAUGGAGGUUUCUGGUUAUGCAUUGGCAGAAGGUGUAAUUGCAGAAAGUUUGGCUAAGGUUAACGGUGGCUAUGAUCUGAAUGCCAAUGCAAGGUGGUCAUCUAUUGUUCGGCUUGCGAUGAGGUAUAAUGGCAAGAAGAUGUUGAAAGCUGCUUCUCAGUGUGCCAUCAUUGCAAAGGAGAUUUUUGAAGGUUUAAGAAAAUGUGAUGACCUAGCUGAUAAUCAUGCUGCCUCCUUAGAUGACAAGGAUCUUGAAUAUCUUGAAGCUGCAAGCUUGCUUCACAAUAUUGGGGUUUUCAUUGGGAAAAAAGGUUACCACAAGCACUCUUAUUGUAUUAUCAUGAAUGGCGAGCAUCUCCAUGGUUACAGUUCUGAGGAGGUUAAGCUGAUAGCACUACUUGCAAGACAUCAUAGAAAGCAAUUACCAAGCUUUGAUCCUACUUGCUUUCAACAGUUUCCAAGAGAGAUCACAAAGAAAUUCAGAUAUCUAUGCACAAUUAUCCGUGUUUCUUUUGCACUACAACAAAUGGAAUUCUCAAACUAUGAAGGUUUUAAGCUGGUAAGCUGUGGUGUAAAAGAUCAAACCUCUUUACAUGUUGUAAACCCUCUAGCUGAGGAUAUUGAGGAUGAACUAAGAGAAGAAUUGGAACAGUUCAAACUGGUAUUCCUUAAAGAGCUGCUCAUUGUUGCUCCUUCGAGUGUUCCAGAUAUGAUGGAUAUUCGCAUGACAGAUGUUGCUUGAUGUCUUGCAAAAGUUUAUAUGACAUUCGGCCCAGUCAAGGUUCCAUGCUGCCUGUGGAUCAUUGAACCUGUAUCUCUGAUUAGCAAUGUGAAAUCUUAGUAAUCAGACAGCAGAUCACAUGACCAUUAUAUAGCGAAUGUACACCAUGGAAGGAUAGUUGCCCAAGGGGAAGGAAAGCUUUAAUGAACCAUUGACAGAGGUGAUGGGUCCAUUUUUGGCGCUGAUAUGCGUAUAAUCCCAGCAAUGUGGUUAGUUCAAAUAAAGAACAGGCUAGGGAAUUGGGAGCUAUAGUUACUCUUAUAUUUGGUUUUAAAGUUUAGCAGAGAAAAUUGUAACCCCUUACAGAUAGUAACAGAUCGAGUUUAUGUACAGGCGAAAAGAAAAAGAUCAAACAAGUUUUGAAUGAAGACUCAGUUUUGUAAUGGUUGAUAUUAGCUAUCAUACAUGGAAGCAAUUGCAAAAUGUAUUUAGUGUGUUUAAUCAAGAUCUUGAUGCUGGUGCUGAAAGUAGUUGCUUGCCCAGUUAUUCUCGGUUGUAUUCAA